UUUCCAAGCAAAGGAACCUUAUCCUGCUAAGUAACUCUGCAGGAAUAACAAUUCCAUACUCAAUUCUGAAAAAAACAAUCCUUUUCUCUCUCAGACACUAAAUGGCUGCUGCAGCUUCUUUUUCCUCUUCUGUCUGCAACAGAAUAUACAACCUUUCCCUCACCCACUCUUCCAUUUCACGCACCUCCAACUUCCCUCAGAGACCCAUUUUCCAAAAACCACCCAAUCUUAGCCACAAGUCCCAAAAUUUCAGUCUUUCGUUUCUUCCACUUCAUCGUCUGUCCCCACCGUUCGCCACCUUCGAUGGUUUGGAAGUGGGUCAAGACAUCACAGAGUCCCGACAAGACGAACCGGUAACAGAAACCUCUGAAAAAACAGAACAAGAGGAAGAGCGAAAAGUUUCAGACUUGAACGACGAUGCCGGGAGGCUCUAUAUUGGAAACUUGCCAUAUUCAAUUACUAAUUCCCAAUUGGCAGAGCUCUUUGGAGAAGCUGGUAGCGUGGUGUCUGUUGAGAUUGUGUAUGAUCGUGUCACGGGUAGAAGCAGGGGAUUCGCAUUUGUCACAAUGGCAACUGUAGAGGAUGCUAAAGAGGCAAUUCGAAUGUUUGAUGGCUCUCAAGUUGGUGGUAGGACUGCGAAGGUAAACUUCCCAGAGGUACCGAAAGGAGGGGAAAGAUUGGUAAUGGGGGCAAAAGUGAGGAACAACUACAGAGGGUUUGUAGACAGCCCUCACAAGAUCUAUUGUGGAAACCUUGGGUGGGGAGUGAACUCACAGGGUCUUAGAGAAGCUUUUGCUGAGCAACCAGGCGUAUUGAGCGCCAAAGUCGUCUAUGAGAAGGACAGUGGAAGAUCUCGAGGUUUUGGCUUUGUUUCUUUCACAACUGCCGAAUCUGCAGCAGCUGCCUUGGACUUGAUGAAUGGUGUGGAAGUACAAGGUCGCCCAUUGCGGUUGAAUUUGGCUGAAGCUAGGGCAGCAUCAUCUCCUCCAGUACUUGAGGAUAAUGCAGGAAUCAAUGUUGAAAGCUCGGAAUUGGUCUCAAGUGCCAGAACAUAAAGCAAUUUAAUCGAUCAAAAUUUUGCCCGCAAAAUUCACUCGGCAAAUUUCCUGUCAAUUUGCCCGUCAUAUCCGUUAUACAAUAAGUAGAUCCUCAGGCAGUUGUGAAAUGUAUUUUUUAUUGAACAACUAACGAUCAUAUCUAUAUGGGGGUCGAUGUUAAUUACACUGUUUGUAAUUAUGAAAGGCUAGCUUUCAGAGUUUGGUCAACUAAUAAUUUAUUGAAGUGAAUUCUUUUGAAGUCCUAAA